CUCAAGAACUACUCCUAUCUCUCCAGAAUGUGGUCGUCGAUCCUCCUGCAUUUCACUCCUCUCCCCUCUGGCCUUAUGGGAAGAUACCCCAUUCUUUAAAAACUCUUUAUCAUUAUAUACAAGCCUGAGCUUGAAUCUGGGGUUGGCCCCUUGCUGUACUGCUGAACUUCAGCUCCACCUAAAUUUCCCUUUUUGUUCUAUCAAUUCCAGGUGCAACCAGUCAUACUGCUGCAAUGAGAUCAACGCUGGGCCGUGAUUAUCUGAGCUAAUAUCUUCUAAACCCAACCGCCGAACAAUGGAAAACACUAUCAAGAUCAGCCUCGUCGACAAGACUGCUCCCCGUCGCCCAUCCGAGGAUGCGCUGGCGCAAACGCACACCGCAACGGACCUCUCCCGAAACAUCUCGCGGAAGUUCACCCGCGCCUCGAUCCGGAGCGAGCUCGCCAAGCGCAAAUACGCCAAAUGGCAGCCCGAACGCCUCGGUCUCACUGACGACGAUGACAAUUCCGACCGCCGCGCCUCGGAAGGGCGGGAUCUGUUCACAAGCGAGACCAGAACCGACACCCAGGCCGGCGAGAGUCGCUUGACGACGGGCCCUUCGUCGCAAUCCUCCCCGGAGGACCAGCCGGGUGUUGAGUCGGCGGAUUUCGACCCGGGCGCCCGUAACACCACCCUCGAGGAUGACGAUCAUCAGGGUCACAACCACCCAAAGCUCACGGGGCUGAAGCCGGGCACCGAGCUGGACAUCGUCUACGAGAACCAGCGCGGCUGGUUCUUCUUCGGCAUCCCGCUUUACUCGCACAGCUCCCUGCUCAACUUCGACCCGGCCGCCUGGACGACCCCCGACGGGCGGGACAGUGCCGUCAACAUCACGAACGCCCAGCUGCCGGACCCCAGCUGGGAAUGGGUCUGGAAGACGUGGUAUGUGGACAUGUCGGGCGACGUCGAUGAUCAGGGGUGGCAGUACUCGUUCUCGUUCGGCUCCUCGGCCUGGCAUGGCUCCCACCCCUGGUAUCAUUCGUACGUGCGCAGGCGACGGUGGGUUCGGCUCCGGGUCAAGCGCGUGUCGGAGCGCAGCCGUCGUGGCCGCACGGGUAUCGAAGUGGCUCAUAUGCUCAACGAGGAUUACUUUACGAUUCAUUCCGGUAAGGCGAAGACGAGGGCGUCCAGCGUGGAUGGUAGGUCGCGCGUGACGUCCGGGUACCUCAGUCGGGCCGCCACGAAGGUAGAGGAGGCGCCCGUGGAGGAGAUCGCCAAUAUCCCUGCGUUGAUGCAUGCGUUGCGAGUGGCCAGAGUGGACCGGGAGAAGAUGGACGCCCUAGAGCAGUUCUUGCAGGAGGGCGGCGACGAGCUCUUCUACUUGGAUGGAAAGAUACCGGAGAUCAUGUCUAUGUUUGUCUUUCAAGCUUCUCGCUGGCAAUACUUCACCCGCUUGUCCGACGUUGCCGAGGAUUUGUCCCGGGAGACCUCCGAGGCGACUGGGAAGGAGGCUGCAGAGCUGCAGCGCAAGCGCGAUCAUCUCCAGAAAGCUGCGGAGGUUGCACGGCGUCACCUCACGGGACCUGAAGUGCUCCAUGCCGAUGAUCGGCACCUCGAGGCGGAUAUGUUGGACUUGACUCCAGCCCAAAAGAAGGGUGGUCUAUUGGCAAAGUACUCAGGAAAGGCCUCGUUCCGUCCCAUGGAUGAUGGUGGAGAGAUCAAGGGAAUUCCCCAAGCAGCCGAGGUUGGCCGCGAAGGCCAUAUUUACCAGUAUACCUCUUAGUGGCUUGGUCUUUGUUUGCAUGGGUAGCAUGGUGUCCUUUUGGGAGUCAAUAUCUUGGAUUAGCUGGGUGUUCACGGCGCAUGAUUGUGUUAUUCUUAUUUUGAUUUGACUGUUAUAUUAUCAAUGUCCCAGUAUCAACUGUUCGAGAG